CCCCGAACCCCCAAACCUCCCAACCCCACCGCGGGAGGAGGCCGGGCGACCCCGGGCCCCGGGCCCCGGCGGGAAGAUGACGGAGUACAAGCUGGUCGUGGUGGGCGCGGGCGGCGUGGGCAAGAGCGCCCUGACCAUCCAGCUGAUCCAGAACCACUUCGUGGACGAGUACGACCCCACCAUCGAGGACUCGUACCGGAAGCAGGUGGUGAUCGACGGGGAGACCUGCCUGCUGGACAUCUUGGACACGGCGGGGCAGGAGGAGUACAGCGCCAUGCGCGACCAGUACAUGCGAACGGGCGAGGGCUUCCUCUGCGUCUUCGCCAUCAACAACACCAAGUCCUUCGAGGACAUUCACCAGUACAGGGAGCAGAUCAAGCGGGUGAAGGACUCGGAAGACGUGCCCAUGGUGCUGGUGGGGAACAAGUGCGACUUGCCCACGCGGACGGUGGAGACGCGGCAGGCGCAGGAGCUGGCCCGCAGCUAUGGCAUCCCCUACGUGGAGACCUCCGCCAAGACGCGCCAGGGCGGUGGCGGCAGCGGCGGCUCUGAGCUCCGGGACUCCCGGCCGCCGGGGGGCUCGGCCCGCGGCCCCUGCGGACGCAGCGACUCACCCGCCCGCCCUCGCGCUCCGGCCGGCCGGUCCCUCGCGCUGGCGUGGAGGACGCCUUCUACACGCUGGUGCGGGAGAUCCGGCAGCACAAGCUCCGCAAGCUCAACCCGCCCGACGAUGGAGGACCCGGAUGCAGCAACUGCAAGUGCCUCCUCUCCUGACCCAGCCGCCGGGCCCGGGCCGGGGGCCGUGAAGGUGCGGCCCACCCAGGAGGAGGAGGAGGAGGAAGCGGCCCGGAGGAGGCCCCGGAGCAUCCAGGAAGGAAAUGCCGAAGGGGCCCGAGGGAGGAGCCCACACUGGACCGACCCCCGCACCGGACCGACCCCCGCACCGGGCCUGCCCCACGGAUUGACUCCGACCCCAACCCCGGCCCAUCCCCAACCACUUAACUUUUGGCGCCCCUGCUCCCCGCCCCCCGCCGGCUGAAUCCCCAGUAAAUUAUUGUUUGACGGGGGUCUCCCCCUCCCCACUCCGGACAGGGGGCCGGGCGGGGUCCGCCCCCGGUCCCUCAGACCGGCGAGGCCGGAUGUCCGCAGAAACGAGCGACGGACCGUCCCCUCCUCUGACCCGGCGGAGGCUCCGGGCCCGUGGGCAGGCAGGCCAGCCGGCCGGCCGGGAGGUGCACUCUCCCGUGCGUGCGUCCGUGGGUGUCUGUCUCCUAAUUGUGUAAUCUGAGCGGUGGGCUGAGGGAUGGCUUUUGUGUGAUGCGGGGAGGGAAGGGGGAACUUGUAUAUGCUGAUGCAUGAGAGGCUCUGGAACCUGGGCUGGGAGGAGAGGGAUGGGGGCCGCUCUGCUCUCCGGGGCCCCCCCUGCAUCUGGGGCAGGUGGGUCUACACUGCUCCGCCUUAGGACUUUUUAGCUUAAAGGGGGGCA